AUGUCGAUUCGGCCCAAGGAUAGCUACAGCUCGGCCCAUACUCGAUCGAUCUCUGAUGUAACUGUAGUGAUGAGUUCGAUCGACCUGCAGCUUGCAGUGCAGGUUCGAUCGACCUGCAGCUGGCAGUGCAAGUUCGAUCGACCUGCAGCUUGCUGUGCGGGUUCGAUCGACCUGCAGCUGGCAGUGCAGGUUCGAUCGACCUGCUCGCGGCUGUGCUGGUUCGAUCGACCUGCUGGUUGCACUGCAGGGUUGAUCGACUUGCAGGUGCUCUCCUUCCUUGCCACGCGUCAUAUUUUAUCGUUGAACUCGAUGGGAAGUAUUCCGACCCCAACAGUUAGCCCCCCAGCUUGUUGA